CUUCAAUAUCUCCUCCGAAACUCUCCCAAUUCAGCAACACGACACACACUACGACACACACAACCUCAAUCGACACGACACACACUGCGACCACACAACCCCAAUCGACCCCAAUCCACACGAGACGAGCGCGCGACGAUGGCGAACAAGGAGCAAAAUCCUCCCGCCGAGGACGAAAUGGACGAAGAUGAUGCGCUCAUUUCCUCAUUUCUGAACAACCAGGGAAUGGAUGCGGCCGGUGGAACUUUUGAUUUCGGCGACACUGUCGGAAAAGUCGACGACGCGGUUGACUACGAAGAUAUCUCCGACGACGAUUUACCCCCCGAAGAAGACGCGUCUCCGAAACCCGCCGGCGACGAUGUCACUAUGGAUUUAGACGACGACCUACUAGGAGAGCUGGCGCAAGAGGGGGAAGAGGUGGGGGGAGAGGUGGAUUUCUCAGAACUGUUUGGCGAUAUGGAGGAUCAGAAUAUGUUGAGCGAUCCUGUGGUGCCGCGCGCAGACGACGAGUUGGGGGUUCUGGAUGGCGAUAUGGACUUGGGUUUCAGAGCCUCGGAUGAGGCCGCGCAGCCGCCUUCGGGUGCUGGUUCGGUGGACGAUCUGUUUCACUAUGGCAUGCAGGACAUGGCGAUGCGACGCGUGACGGCGGUGCAAGACCCUGUAGAGCUGGCGAAGCAGUACUAUGCCGACUUCACUCCGCACUCGGUCCUGAGUUUUUCCACGCUGUUUAAGGCGAAGCCCGGAACGUUACAGACUGGUCCCCAGAAGGUUCCCAAGGUCUGCGUGCCGACUAAGAUCAACAUCGAGAUGGCAUCCGACGAGGCCAAUCUAUUCAACAAGGCUACUAGUGCAACCCACAAGGGCACUGUGGCAAGCCGCAGCAGAGGCGUAGUGUUCAUCGAACCCGCGGUUGAGGAAGUGAGCGAUGAAGAUGAGGAGAUGGAGGAUGUAGAGGACAUGAGGGAUGAAAUCUUUGAUCGCGACCUGGAGAUCGCCUGUGAUGAUUGGGAUAGUAAACUUGAAGCGGCGAUGUUGACGCCACCCCCAUCGCCACCGAGGGAGCUUCAGGACUUGGACGAUGUCAUUGAGCUUGGACGUCCCGUCAAACGCCGACGACUAGAGCCUAUGUAUCUCGAUGUGAUCGAUUCAUGGAUUGAUGAGGAGGCUAUCUUUGAGGGCGACCUUUCGAUGAUCUCUUCCAAGGUUGUACUCGAUCUGAAUGACCCUCAUCUCCUGGUCGAUAUCCGACAACCCGAUCAGAUCCGACGGACAAGACGAAUUGGUGGAGAGUUCAAACGACGUCUUAAUAAGGACAUCACACACAAGUACAACAUCAGCAACGAUGAGGCGUACGACCUCUUGAAGGAGAACCACCAGAACCGGGUCAGGAGCACAAUCGGCCAACUGAACAUCGAGCACACCUUGCCUGCUUUGAGAAUGCAAUCACCCUACUACAAGACGAAGCUUUCCGUUAAGGAAGCUCGUGCUUUCCAUCGACCCAAUAUGCACUUUACCACAGAGCACGAAAUCCGUUUUGAUAAGAUCAAGAGUCGGAAGAGGAAGACGUGGAAGGGCAAGGAAAUCCAGGAGAUCUUUGCCAGUACAAAAGACAUCUCGCUCUCGGAUGGCUCGACGUUUGUUCUCCUCGAAUACUCGGAAGAAUACCCUACUGUCUUGUCCAACUUCGGUAUGGGAAGUCGACUCAUAAAUUACUACCGACGAAAGAGCCCAGAGGAUGAGUCUCGGCCAAAGAUUGAAGUCGGCGAGACGCAUGUGCUCAUGCCGCAGGAUAGGUCGCCGUUCUGGAAUUUCGGAACCGUCGAUCCAGGCGAGACGGUACCUACAUUGUACAAUAAGAUGGUGCGCGCACCGAUCUUCAGACAUGAACCGAAGAAUACAGAUUUCUUGGUUGUGAGAAGCAGUUACGACAACGCCAGCAGGUACUACAUGAGAAACAUCCCAUAUUUGUUUGUAGUUGGGCAGCUGUUUCCUGUUACCGAAGUCCCCGGACCGCACUCGCGAAAGGUCACAACGGCAGCUAAAAACAGGCUCAAGAUGAUUGCUUACCGGGUGGUGAAACGCAAGGAGCAGAAAGCCAUCGCUGUGAAGGACAUUUCAAAGCAUUUCCCCGAGAAUAACGAUAUGCAAAACCGCCAGAAGAUGAAGGAAUUCAUGCACUAUCAGAAACAUAGUGGCUUGUGGGAGAUCAGGCCGGGUGAGGGAGUCAUGGACGAGCGACACAUCCGGAGCAUGAUUAAACCUGAGGAUAUAUGCCUGCUCGAGGCCAUGCAAGUCGGUGUUCGCAACCUGGAAGAUUCUGGAUAUUCGAAGACGGUGGAAGACACAGAUGAUGAUGGCAAGGACAUCAUGAGUUUAGAGCAGCAACUUACUCCGUGGGUUUCGACGAAGAACUUCAUCAACGCCACCCAGGGCAAAGCCAUGCUGCAACUCCAUGGCGAGGGUGACCCUAGUGGCCGCGGAGAAGCGUUUAGUUUCGUGAGGACAAGCAUGAAGGGAGGCUUUAAGGAUGUUGGGGAGAGUAUCGAUGAGAAGAUGGACAAGCAGCGCUUGAAGGAGCUCGGCGGCCAUAGUUACAACGUCGCACGACAGCAGAAACAGUACGAAGAAGCCAUCGAUCGCAUCUGGCGUGCACAGCACAAGUCUCUCGCCUCGAAUGAGGAGCCCCUGGAUAUCGACAUGGAUGGCGAAAACGGCGGCGGUGACGAAGACGACGACUUAUUCGAAGAGGGACGUACACCACGGUCAGAGAGCACCUGGAUGCACCGCGAUGACGAGACUACGAGUCAGUUCUCCCGCAUGAGUGCAAAGACCCAGAGUCGGAAAGUCCUUCGCAUCACCAGGAAGGUCAUCAAUAAGGAUACAGGCGAGCCUGAAACCGCGGUGGAAGUCGUCCGAGAUCCCAAGGUGAUCCGACAGUACCUCCAACGGCGCCGGGAAAUCGACGCCGAGAAGACACAAGUGGAGACGUUACUACCAACUGGUAACCCCGAGGAAGAUAGACUCGCUAGGAGGAGACUACAAAUCGAACUCGCCCGUCUCCACCGCAACCGCGAGCGCCGCGAAGCCCGCGAGCGCCAAUCCGGCAAGAGACCAGCCGCUGAUGCCAUGUCGCCAGACGCGCUGAUGAGCCCCGGCUCGCCUAUGGUGGCCACUCCUAAUGUUGGCAAAGCAGCCACCACUAGGAAGUGCGCCACCUGUGGUCAAGCCGGGCACAUCCGUACAAACAAGAAGCUGUGCCCGAAGCUGAAUGGCCAGUGGAAAGAGCUCGGGAUGAGCCCACCGGAAUGAGCUCUCCAUAACGGGGGGUUCUCAGUGACACUUUAAUACUUUUUUUUUGUACUUUUACUUCAACUUUUUUCUUUUACUUUUUUCUUUUUUUCGUCUUUGCAAUGAUGGGUUAGGAGAACAUGGCGUAAUUGCUUGGGAUCUGUUUUUGCUGGAAUUCAGUGUUGGCUUAGUAUUGGAGUAGCGGACAGUUGUACGUAAGAUGGGAGAUAUCAUGGGUGUUGUUGAAGCCAUGAUUGUAUUUUGGGAUAGAGAGCGGGGGUGAAGAGACCAUGGACAAUCAUACGAGAUCACCCACCGAG